AAAAUUAACAAGCUCUUCUUUGGACGCUGUCGAACUCUUUCCCUAUGUGUUGACAUUUCUUCUCCAUGCGUUGUUUACCGUCACGUUCCAGUAGGCGCAUCGCUGCUGUAUCCUCACCCUCAUCUGCUGCAUUGGGAAGGUUGUCUGUUUGUUGUCUGCUUUGCUAGCUCAGUGCUGCUUAUACACGUUCUGAUGUCGUUUUCUGACAUGUUUCUUUACAACAACAGUGUCGUAGCUCCUUCUCCUGAACUUGGUCGUACUGAGAUUGUUUCCUAUGCGCGGAAAACUGGAAGUCCAAGUGUUGCGCGUCGUCCUGCAGUUACUCUUGCAAAAACCGAUGUUCCAAUAUCGUCCCUUGAGAUCCCUACUGGACAUCCUUUGCCAACCGAAUCGGCGAAUCCUGACUCUGGAAAUCUUAAUGGCCUCGGUGUCAAUUUGCAGACAACAACACUUCAGCCUUUGUCACAACAUACAAUGUUACCUUUCAGUGGCCAUACUAAUUAUCUACGAAUGUUCUCC